AUGUACCACCUGGUCUUUGUCGAUAUGCUCACUACUUACGUACUGCUGACGGGCUGCAUAUUUGUGGCCUCAAACCCUCCACUAAAGCUCUUCUUCUUCUCCAAGCCCAACAUCCUUAUCACGACGUCAGUCUUCAAGUAUGAGGAGAGGCCUACCAGCGUGGCGCCUUUGAUACGGACGAUGAAUGACGACAACGACUGGAACAAUUGGUUUGAGGAAGACCAUCCAAAGCUGGACGGAUCGCAAUCAGGACUCGUUCUUAUCCUGGCAAGAAGGGGUGGAGAGACGAAAAUUGAUCCCAUGCAGCGAAUGCAGUCCAGCGACUGUGUUAGAGAUAUUGAAAAAGUUGCAAGCGGCUUCAAAGAAGCGCCAAAGGACGCACUACGUGGGACUGGUGGCCAACGGACUCUACGAAAUAUUCCAUUCUCAGCUCAAACAUUCAAACGAAUCGCAAAAGAAUUUCGAAUACACGAUUCAAUUAUUCGACAAGUGAGCCGCGCUGAUGUUCCCGACUUUUCCGCUGUGAAGCUUGAUAUGGAACUAUCAAAGCAUCAACCUCUACCCGCACACGUAUAUAACAUACGUACUUCGAAUUCCUGGGAAAACGACCUCGCGGCAUCAACAACAUACCUACCACAUUGCAGCCUCUCAUUAUCUAUCGUUUUUGGAUGCACACUAUCAAUUGAGGAUGAAAUAAUGUCACGCCUGACAAGGGUCACCUAUGAGAUAUCACACCCACUGUUGAUACCUAGCAUUAUUGUCGAACUGGAAAGGAAACGACAACUUCCAAUCGUUGAAGACAUGAUCGACCAGGUUGAAACCAAGAUCCUGGAGUUGGAUAAAGACCCCGAGUCACUGCAAGAUGUACCAAGGGAUGAGAAAAUAGCCCUCAAAGAAGCAAAACGAUCGGCCUGGCUUGACAUGUUGUAUCUGCGAAAUCAACUACUCAGUUGGCGUAGGUGCAUGGAAACACUGCACAAGCAGACGAAGAGCCUCGACCGCAAGAUGUUUGGAAGACCAUAUGCGCAGGUCCGGUAUAAAUACGAAGGAACUGAAGAAUCUGGCGACAGAGAUUAUAUCCUUUCAGAUUCUGAUUCAGAACUUGAGGAAUACUGCAAUGUACGACCGUCUGCGAAUAAUCAUCCUUAUAACAACGUUGAACAUCAAGGCUCAAGGCAGCUUGUACGUACAGAAGUAGAGCCGUACUAUCCUGAGUGUCAAAGGCCUCUUUGGACGUCUAGUUUCUAUAUGAGACGAACGGGGAAAAAGAUCAAAGGUCGUCUUGAGCAGAUUAUGAGGGAAUAUAGCGACAAGAUACAACAGUGCACCUCUGGUAUUGAAGGGAUGGUCAUGUCAACACAAUGGUCUCAGGCACAAGGCGAAACAAACGUGGAAAUAGCACUGGCAACAAGUCAGGACUCUCGCCAUAUGAGGUCCAUCGCACUUGUCACCAUGGUGUUUCUUCCAGGGACAUUCUUUGCAAGUAUCUUUUCAAUGGGAUUCUUUAACUUCACCGGUUCUGGUUCUGUCAUAGUGUCUCGGCUUUUCUGGCUAUACGUAGUUCUAGCCGCAGGCUUCACAGCUGUCACUGUCGGCAGAAGGCGUUGUCCUCCGUUGAGUGUCCUGAAACUGCUACAGUCCGAAAAGAUGGCAUAG